AUGGGGUCGCUGCCGACGGCAGAGGGGGAGAGAAGCCAGCAGCCGCCGCACGUGGUGAUGGUCCCGUACCCGGCGCAGGGCCAUGUCACGCCGAUGCUGCAGCUGGCCAAGCUACUCUACACACGCGGCUUCCACAUCACCUUCGUCAACAACGAGUUCAACCACCGCCGCCACCUGCGCGCGCGCGGGCCGGGCGCGCUCGACGGCGCGCCGGGGUUCCGCUUCGCCGCCAUCGACGACGGCCUUCCGCCCUCCGACGCCGACGCCACGCAGGACGUCCCCGCGCUCUGCUACUCCACCAUGACCACCUGCCUGCCCCGGUUCAAGGACCUCGUCGCCAGGACCAAUUCCGAGGCCGAGGCCCAGGGACGGCCCGCCGUGACGUGCGUCGUCGCCGACAGCAUCAUGAGCUUCGCGCUCCGCGGCGCGCGGGAGCUCGGCCUUCGCUGCGCCACGUUCUGGACUGCCAGCGCCUGCGGCUUCAUCGGCUACUACUACUACCGCCACCUCGUCGAGCGGGGCAUCGUCCCGCUCGAGAACGACGCGCGGCUCACCGACGGGUACCUGGACACCGUCGUCGUCAACUGGAUCCCCGGCGCGCCCAAGGACCUGCGGCUCCGGGACUUCCCGAGCUUCGUGCGCACCACGGACCCAGACGACAUCAUGCUCAACUUCUUCAUCCACGAGGUAGCCGGGAUGUCGCAGGCGUCGGCGGUGGUCAUCAACACCUUCGACGAGCUCGACGCCACGCUGCUCCACGCCAUGGCGAAGCUCCUGUCGCGGCCCAUCUACACCGUGGGCCCGCUCCCGCUGGCGGUGCGAAACAACGUCCCCGCGGACAGCCCCGUCGCGGCCAUCGGGUCCAACCUGUGGAAGGAGCAGGACGCGCCGCUCCGGUGGCUCCACGGCCGCGCGCCGCGCUCGGUCGUGUACAUCAACUUCGGGAGCAUCACGGUGAUGUCCAACGAGCAGCUGGCCGAGUUCGCGUGGGGGCUGGCCAACACCGGCUUCGCGUUCCUGUGGAACGUGCGCCCGGACCUCGUCAAGGGCGCCGGCGGCGACGCUGCUGGCGUCGGGCUGCCGCCGGAGUUCCUGGUCGCGACGGAGGGCCGGAGCAUGCUGUCGACGUGGUGCCCGCAGGCGGCGGUGCUGGAGCACGAGGCCGUGGGGGUGUUCCUGACGCACUCCGGGUGGAACUCCACGCUGGAGAGCAUCUGCGGCGGCGUGCCCAUGGUGUGCUGGCCCUUCUUCGCCGAGCAGCAGACCAACUGCCGGUACAAGCGCACCGAGUGGGGCAUCGGGAUGGAGAUCGGCAAUGACGUCCGGCGGGGCGAGGUGGAGGCGCUCAUACGGGAGGCCAUGGAGGGGGAGAAAGGGCGGGAGAUGCGGCGGCGCGUGACGGAGCUCAAGGAGAGCGCCGUGGCCGCGGCGAGGCCCGACGGACGAUCUAUGCGCAACGUGGACAGGCUCAUGGACGAGGUGCUCCUAGCAUGA